AUUUACCUUUAACCUGGGUCAGCUACUAUUUAGGGGUGUUGAUGACCGUCUCACUUGGAAAGCCAGUAGUCAGAAUGGCGUCUGUGUGUCUGAGAGAGGAGCUGAGCUGCUCCAUCUGCCUGAGCCUUUAUACAGACCCUGUGUCCCUGAAGUGUGGCCACAACUUCUGCCGGGUCUGUAUUGUGAAGGUGCUGGAUACACAGGAGGAGGCUGGGGGCUAUUCCUGUCCGGAGUGCAGGGCAGAGUAUCAGGAGCGCCCAGCAAUGGAGAAGAACAGGAAGCUGAGUAAUAUUGUGGAAAGUUUCCUAUGUAAUCGGCCAGAGCCGAAGGAGACCUGGACCUUCUGUACUUACUGUGUGCACGCUCCUGUACUGGCUGUGAAGCAGUGUCUGCAGUGUGAGAUGUCCCUGUGUAAGGUCCACCUGAGGGUACAUAACAAGUCAGUAGAUCACAUUUUAAUUGACCCAACGUCAUCACUGACCAACAGAAAAUGCCAAAUCCACAAGAAACUUCUUGAGUACCAUUGCUGUGAGGAUGCUGCCUGUAUUUGUGUCUCCUGCUUUGCAAUAGGAUCACACAAAGGACACCAGGUGGAAUCACUGGAUGAGGCCAUGAAGGCCAAGCAGAAGAAGCUGAGAAACCUCCUGGACAAACUGACCACAAACAGAUCAGAGGCUGAGGAACAUGUGCAGAGUCUACAGGAUCGCAGGACAGAGGUGGAGGAGAAAGCAGCUGUUGUCACAGGGAAAGUCACUGACUUGUUUAUGGACAUCAGGAGGAAGUUAGACCUCCUAGAGGGGAGAGUCCUGAGUGAGGUCUCCAGACAGACUGAGAGGAUUUCUCUGCAAAUCUCUGAUCUGAUCCGACAGCUGGAGGAACAGAAGGAUGAGCUGUCCAGGAGGAUGGGUCACAUUGAGGAGCUGUGUAACGCUACUGACCCGCUGACCGUCUUACAGGACACAGUAACAAUCUACCUGGACUAUGAGGCCGGGCGUCUGUCCUUCUAUCAGCUGUGUGACCCCAUCAGACACUUACACACCUUCUCCGCCACCUUCACUGAGCCCCUGCACGCUGCCUUCUUGAUCCACAUAAACAGUAAAGAAGAGGCGGCACUCGGAGACUUUAAAGUACAAAAAGUGUAUUCAGCAGAAAAACCAACGUUUCGGGGUCAGAUGUACCCCUUUGUCAAGGUCCUUACUCGACAUCAUGUGGGUUCUCCUCCUGUUGAAUUUCUGAUUGAACUGAUUCUCACCUGUAACUACUUUCGAUACGCAUUAUGCCAAAUUGAUGAGAUGAAACAGAGGUUCUCAACACGUGGAUACGAUGAUUUGACCAUCAAGAGAUGUCUGGAUAAAGCCAGAGAUAUUUUUGAAAGGGGUAAUUCCACCAGACCGAAGAAUGACAAUCCCUUUGUGAUCACGACCACCUUUGAUGGGGCUGGAUCCACCAUAUGUAAUGCCAUCCAUAAGAUGUGGCCUAUUGUCAAGUCUGAUCCGUCGCUGACCAAGAAGUUACCCAAGAAACCUCUACACAACUCCUUCUCCUCCCCCCUAACAACACUAGUUUCACUUUCUAUUAUCAAUUCCAGAAUGGCGUAUCUGUGUCUGAGAGAGGAGCUGAGCUGCUCCAUCUGCCUGAGCCUUUAUACAGACCCUGUAUCCCUGAGAUGUGGACACAACUUCUGCCAGGACUGUAUUGUGAGGGUGCUGGAUACACAGGAGGGGGAUGGAAGCUAUUCCUGUCCGGAGUGCAGAGCAGAGUAUCAGGAACGCCCAGCACUGGAGAAGAACAGGAAGCUGAGUAACAUUGUGGAAAGUUUCCUAUGUAAUCACCCAGAGCCGAAGGAGACCCAGAUUUUCUGUACUUACUGCGUGGACGCUCCUGUACCGGCUGUGAAGCAGUGUCUGCAGUGUGAGAUGUCCCUGUGUGAGGGCCACCGGAGUGUACACAACAAAUCAGUAGAUCACGUUUUAAUUGAUUCAACAUCAUCACUGAGCAACAGGAAAUGCGAAAUCCACAAGAAACUUCUUGAGUAUCAUUGCUGUGAGGAUGCUGCCUGUGUCUGUGUCUACUGUGUUGCAAUAGGAUCACACAAAGGACACGAGGUGGAAUCACUGGAUGAGGCCAUGAAGUCCAAGCAGAAGAAGCUGAGAAACCUCCUGGAGAAACUGACUACAAGCAGAGCAGAGGCUGAGGAACAUGUGCAGAGUCUACAGGAUCGCAGGACAGAGGUAGAGGGGAAAGCCGCUGUUGUCACAGGGAAGGUCACUGACUUGUUUAUGGGCAUCAGGAAGAAGUUGGACGUCCUAGAGGGGAGAGUCCUGAGUGAGGUCUCCAGGCAGACUGAGAGGAUUUCUCUGCAAAUCUCUGAUCUGAUCCGGCAGCUGGAGGAACAGAAGGAUGAGCUGUCCAGGAGGAUGGGUCACAUUGAGGAGAUGUGUAACGCUACUGACCAACUGACUGUCCUACAGGACCGAGAAUCAGACUCUAAUGAGAAGGAAAGUGACACAGAAAGUGAUGACAAAAUGAUUUAUCCUGUGGAUGAUCUGGACGAGUAUCUGAUCUCAGUGACCUUGCAUGCGGGUUUAUCUGAUAUUCUGACUGCUGCAAAGAGAGCGUCCUGUAUACCUGAGGCUGCAAAUAUGUUACUUGAUAAAAACACGGCUAAUCAUUACAUCUCUGUAUCAGGGGAUUUAAAAUCUGCAUCAGCGUCUCAAACAGACCUAAAUUACCCACAGAGUAGAAUGAGGUUUACAGAUUAUCCUGUGGUCCUCAGCAGCACAAGAUUUGGCUCAGGACAACAUUGCUGGGAAGUGGGAGUCAGCACAUCAAAGUAUUGGCGGGUUGGAGUGGCUUAUUCUAGUACUGAAAGGAAAGGAAAGCCGUCAUGCAUUGGAUACAAUAGCAAGUCCUGGUGUUUGCGUAUGUCGGAUACAGGUUAUUCAGUGAUACACAAUUCUGUGCGCACUUAUCUGCAGCUUCAGUCUCCUGUGCAGGUAAUAAGACUAUACCUGGACUAUGAGGCCGGGCGUCUGUCCUUCUAUCAGCUGUGUGACCCCAUCAGACACUUACACACCUUCUCCGCCACCUUCUCUGAGCCCCUGCACGCUGCCUUCUUGGUAUCCAGUGCUGGCUGGGUCAGGAUUAACAGCUAGAUAUAUACAUGAUGUAAUGGGUUCAGUAUGAUUUACCAACAGACACAAUACAGACAGUCAUAAUCCCAACAGCCUACAGGCAAAAUUCCGACAUAGUCAGAAUACCGACAGUUUUUCAGGAGGUUUUUUUUGUGUCCAUGUUGACAUAGGUUGACAUGGACACCGUGUAAAUGUACCGCGCCCCCUCGCAUGGCUGGCUGCGCUCGGCACACUAUUAUAUUCCCCCUCCAGGUCACUAGGAUGGUAAAUUAUCAACAAGUCUGUUUUGGGGCAAAAAUUCCUUAAAAACGCAUGUCGGUAUUUUAACAUGUCGCCAUUUCAAAUGUCGGUAUUCUGACUAGGUUGGCAUUUUGAACAUGUCGGCAUAAUGAAUGUUGGUAUUUUGACCGUGUUGGUAUUGAUUAGCUGUCCGGAUUAUGACUGUCAGUAAUGUGUCCGUCGGUAAAUCAACUGCUACCUGAUGUAAUAAUGCAACUACCUGUACAAUCACUGUUAUCUUAUUGGCUUGUACCCUUCCUGCUACUCUCACUAAAUACUUGGGUGGGAAAGUAAUUACCUGUGAGGUAUUGUACAGACACUUUAGGGUGUUGAGACCUGAACCUGCUCAGUGUGUUUGUACUUAUCUCUGGUAGCACACUUUAGGAGCUGCGAGAUUUACAUGAUGCGGCUCUGUGAUCCACGUUACACUUCCAAGCUAUUUGAAUUCCCCUUAGUUUUUUCUUUUUAGUUGUUUUCUGUGCUUUUCAGUCAUGUAUCUGUACCAUUGGGUGGAGUUGAUUUGUGUUUGUUGUCCUGAUAUAAAGUACAGGUCUGCUCUGUGUAUUAUAGCCUGAGCAGAGAGCACAGAAUAGCUGUGUCAUGUACAGGGGCAAUGGAUAAAGCACCUCUGCCUCAUGACACCUGGCUCAGGAGGAGACAGGCAAUGAGUUCAGUAAAAGUCGCAGGAGGGUGUGUAGGAUUCUAUGAACUGAAUGCAUGUGAAGGUGACCUCUAUGGCUGAGAUUUCCCAGCACUGUCUGUAUAUAAGGGUGGAAUGUGUAUGUGAUAUGUAUAUACGGGAAUACACUGUUACCCCUGAUGAUUCUGCACUUGGUGCUAUGGAGGAAAUAUAAAUGGAGACAAUUACAUAUUA